AAAGGAUUUCCUGAUCUGGGCUCGACAUGUUGCAACAAUUCUGCUUCUUGAGCCCUCUCCAAAUUCAAAUUUAAAAAUCUACAGUAUUUAUUUUUAUUUUUAUUUAUUAUACAUUUUCACUUACUACUCAAAGAAAGUAACCGUUUUCUUCUUCCACCCUUCUCUUACUCUCUUACUCUCUCUCUCUCUAAAAAUACAGAGCAAAACCAAUGGCUGAAUUAGCUUGUUUAAGACGUUCAUUUUCUAAUCCUUCUGAAGCUUCCCCUCAAUUCUCUGAGGGAGAUCCCCUUCGUGCACUAGGAGAAUCCAUAUCUUUUGGAAGAUAUAUGUCAGAAACCUUAGCUUGGGAGAAAUGGUCAACCUUUUCUCACAAUCGUUAUCUAGAAGAAGCAGAAAAGUCUUCCAAACCUGGUUCUGUUGCCAAAAUGAAAGCUUAUUUUGAGGCUCAUUACAAAAAGAUUGGUGCUAAGAAAGAGGCUGUCAUGGAGCAGCCAAAUGAUGACUCUAAGUACGUUGAAUCAGAAGUCGACGACACCCAUAACAUGGAACUUGUCUCGAGUUUGAGCUCACCUACACUGAUUGAAGAAACAAUACUUCCUAAUGAAUUUCCUAAGGAAGAUAUUCCUGAUGUGGAAGAGUCUCUUCCCAAUGUGAUUGUCAGUUCAAAUGACACUAAAACGAAAGAAUCACGAAAUGAGAAAGCGAAUAUUGUGGAGCCUCGUUCGAGUGUGAUUGUCGAUUCAAACGACAUGUCUACUCGAGCAGAAGAAUCGCAAAAUGAAAAGGCCAAAAACGUGGAGCCAAGUUUGGAUAUCGAUUCCACAGAGAAUCUUCCUGUGGUUCAAAUGUACCCAUGUGAGGAUGUAGAAGUAAAUGUAAGCAUAACAGAUGCUUCUGUUGAAAUCGAAUUAAAUCAGUCUACAGGUGGAUUGGAAAAUGCUAGCCCAGAAAAAGAGAUGACAAUUGAGAAAGAAACAAAGAAGGAUAAGUUGGAACUCAAGAGCAAGAAGAAAUUGACAGAUUUGUCAGUAAAAAGCUCAAAGAAAAGCAAUAUUUCCAAAUUAUCUUCCUCUCUUGCAAGGCUUGCAUCUCCUAUUAGGCCGAAAAAGGAAGGCAGUGGCAAUCAAAAGUUCGUUGAGAAGAACAAAUCAACUUCAAAGUUGAUUCAAAUGUCGAUCAAUAUUGAAUCUGAUACCAUAUCAAUGAAGAAAUCACCAGUUUCCCGUAAAUCUGGAAUUGGGAAGGUCUUCACUCCUUUGGGCAAGAUUAUAAGAGGAAGUUUUGUCACUCCAGCUCCAAGUACUAGUAGGGCUUCUGUGAAUAGUGUUUCACGACACCCCUCUGCGACUCCUCUGUCAGAAACAAGGAGAAGCAGAAUAGCUCUUGAGAAGUCAUUUGCAAGGAAUAAAACAUCAGACCAGAAAUUGCAGUCGCCCUCUGUGAGGAAUAUGAAGUCUCCUGCAAAAACUUCCGUCACAUUUUCUCCUUUCAGUUUUAGAACUGAAGAAAGAGCUGCAAAACGUAGAGAGUUUUUCGAGAAACGAUUGGAGAGGGAAGCAGAAAAACAGCAGCUUCUUGAUAAAGCUAAGGUUAAUCCGAAGGCUGAUUUUAGAAAACUAUCACAGAGUGUGAGCUUUUCCAAUGCUGCAGUGGAUAUCAGAAGAGAAGUAUUAAGUGAUAAAACAAAGAAGAUUCCUCUUGCACCACCACAACCACCAAAGUCAGGUAAACCAUCAACCAACUUGGAAAGAGGCAAAUGCUCGCAGCCUCCUCGAAGUGGUUCUAAAUUUGUUUCAGGAAACAAUAAGUCAAUUCCAGCCACCUUCCCGGCUAAGAAGAGACAUGAAAAUUCUUGUCCGAACAUCCGUUGACAGUGAAACCGAAAUCUGGAGAAAUUGCUGGACUCUCAAGGUGUUUGCUUUCCACGUUAUCCUGUGUAUUGUAUUCAUUUUCUUAUGAGUGUACAAGUUUUGACAAUUGGGAUAGUUUUGCAUUAUAUUUUUCUGAAAUAUGAUUAUGUUGCAGCACCGCUGUGCUUGUAUAGAAGGUAGACUGAAGGCAUAAAAUCAGUGAAUCAUUGUCUCAGUCUAUUCGAAGUUAUUUCAUUUGUAGCUGGAAAUAAAAUUUUGCCUCUUUCUACAAGAAA